AUGGCGGGCAAGAGGACUGUGUGUUGCGGCGUUUCUGCUCUGGAGGCGACGCUGGCCGCUCUGUUGAUGAUCAUGACGGCUGUGUGUGUGACGCUGAUCACACUGACGGCCAUGUCGAACACACGCCAAGGUCCAGAGCCUCAGCACGAGCCCUACCUGAUCGGCGUGGGCCGAGCCGACUGCACCGGCCCCCCCGCUGAGAUCCCCCUGAUGGGCUAUGCUAACUUGCAGCAGACAGCAGCAGGGAUUCACACCCGCCUCUACAGCCGAGCCUUCAUCAUCGACGACGGCCAGAGGAGAGUCGUCUUCGUCACCGCCGACAUAGGGAUGAUGUCACAGAGGCUGCGGCUGGAGGUGCUGAAGGUGUUGCAGGCGAAGUAUGGAAACCUGUAUCGCCGUGACAACGUGGUUCUGAGCGGGACACACACACACUCGGGCCUGGGUGGAUAUUUCCAAUACACACUGUUCAUGAUCACCAGCAAGGGCUACAUCAAAGCGUCCACACAGGCGCUGGUCAACGGCAUCGUCAGGAGUAUAGACAUAGCCCACCGUAACAUCAGACCGGGUCGGAUCUACAUGAACAGAGGAGAUCUGGAGGACAGCAGCAUCAACAGGAGCCCCCACUCCUACCUGAACAACCCGCAGAGGGAGAGAGACAGGUACAAGUCCAACACCGACAAGCAGGUGGUGGUGCUGAAGUUCACUGAUCUGGAUGGAGACGGGAUCGGCCUGCUCAGCUGGUUUGCUGUCCACGCCGUCAGCAUGAACUACACCAACCAGAUGGUGAGCAGCGACAACAUGGGAUACGCCUCCUACCUGCUGGAGCAGGACAAGAACCGAGGAGCUUUACCUGGACAGGGUGCGUUCGUGGCCGGGUUCUCCUCCAGUAACCUGGGCGACGUCAGUCCCAACACCAGAGGCCCCGUGUGUGUCAACACCGGGCUGCCCUGUGACUACCUGAACAGCUCCUGUCCUGUAGGAGGGACUAAGAUGUGCAAGGCGUUCGGUCCCGGUGGAGACAUGUUCGACAGCACCAGCAUCAUCGCACACAACAUCUACAAGAGGGCCAAGGAGCUUUAUGGUAAGGCAGACAAGGAGGUGACCGGUUUCCUUCAUUCUGCUCAUCAGUGGGUCAACAUGGCCAACGUGACUGUUCAGAUCAACGCUACACACACAGCCAGGACAUGUAAACCCGCCCUGGGCCACAGUUUUGCAGCAGGAACCACAGACGGAGGAGGAGACCUGAACUUCACUCAGGGUGCCGUGGUUGGAGACCCGUUCUGGGACGAGAUCAGAGACGUUCUGCUUGGCAAACCGUCCAAUGAGACGCAGGAAUGCCACCAUCCCAAACCGAUCCUGUUCAACACCGGAGAGAUGCGCAGACCGCUGCCCUGGCACCCCGACGUGGUCGAUGUUCAGAUCCUGCUGAUCGGCUCCGUGGCCGUCGUAGCCGCUCCAGGAGAGAUGACCACCAUGUCAGGAAGGAGGCUAAGAGAGGCGGUCAAACAGGAGUUGGAGUCAGAGGGAAAGCUCAAGGACAUCGAGGUGGUGAUCUCUGGCCUGAGCAACAUCUACACACACUACAUCACUACGUAUGAGGAGUACCAGGUGCAGAGGUACGAGGGGGCGUCCACCAUCUACGGCCCGCACACGCUCAGUGCCUACCUGCAGGAGUACAGAGGCCUGGCCCGGGCCAUCGCACAGGGCGGCGUGGCCAAGCUGCCGGCCGGCCCCCAGCCCCCCCUCUUCGAGGACAGUCGGCUGUUCAACCUGCUUCCUGCGGCGGCUCUGGACAGGAAGCCGGCCAACAGCAGCUUCGGGGACGUCCUGCAGCAGGUCUACCCCGUGUACCGCGUGGGUGACGUCGCCUCCGUCACGUUUGUAGCAGGAAACCCGCGGCACUCUGGAGACAUAAGAGACAAAACCUUCGUUACCGUGGAGAUUUACCACAACAGAACAUCAACCUGGGAGGUCGUCUGCACUGAUGCAUCAUGGGAGACCAGGUUCCGCUGGCUGAAGGGCUCCGGCCGGCAGAGCAACGUGACGGUGGAGUGGCACAUCCCCCUGCAGGCGGCCGCCGGCUCCUACAGGAUCCGACACCUGGGCCACGCCAAGCAGCUGCAGGGGUCGCGACCCGUCGUCACGCCGUACGAGGGCGUGUCCGCCGUGUUCGCCGUCACGCCCAGCUACUACCACCAGUGA